AUGGCGUCUACUUCCAACCAGUCCGUUUACCGGGCUACUACCACCGCUCCUGUCAACAUUGCGGUCAUCAAAUACUGGGGCAAGCGUGAUGUUACUCUCAACCUCCCCACCAACUCGUCUCUUUCCGUCACUCUCUCCCAGCGCUCUCUUCGCACCCUGACCACCGCUUCUUGCUCUGCCAAUUACCCCGCUGAGGAUACCCUGAACCUCAAUGGCCAGCCCCAGGAGAUCCAUCCCUCGAGGAUGGCGAUGCUUCCCUCUCCCAAGCUUUCGACUCUGCCCCUACGCAUUGUCUCCGAGAACAACUUCCCCACCGCUGCUGGUCUUGCCAGCUCUGCUGCCGGCUUCGCUGCCCUUGUCCGGGCUGUGGCUGAUCUCUACUCGCUUCCUCAGUCUGCACGGGAGCUGAGCCGUAUUGCGCGACAGGGCUCGGGCUCUGCCUGCAGGUCCCUGAUGGGUGGCUAUGUCGCGUGGCGCACUGGUGAGCUCGCCGAUGGCAGUGACAGUCUGGCCGAGGAAGUUGCCCCCGCCGCUCACUGGCCUGAGAUGCGGGCUCUGAUCCUCGUUGUCAGCGCCGAGAAGAAGGAUGUCCCCAGCACUGAGGGUAUGCAGACUACCGUUCACACCUCCGACCUCUUCGACCACCGUGCCAAGAACGUUGUUCCUGAGCGCAUGGCUGCCAUUGAGGCUGCCAUCCAGGCUCGCGACUUCCACAAGUUCGCCGAGAUUACCAUGCGCGAUUCCAACACUUUCCACGCCACCUGCCUUGACUCGUGGCCUCCUAUUUUCUACAUGAACGAUGUCUCCCGUGCCGCCGUUCGCCUUGUGCACGAUAUCAACCGCGCUGUUGGCCGCACUGUUGCUGCCUACACCUUCGAUGCCGGCCCUAACGCCGUCAUUUACUACGAGGAGAAGGACGAGGCGCUUGUUGCCGGCACCGUCAAGGCUAUCCUCGGUGCCAGCGCCAGUGGCUGGGAGGGUCCCUUCUACGAGAAGCUGGCCAACGUCACUGCCCCUGGUGUCUCUCUGGACCAGAUCGACUCUCGGGUCGUGUCUGGCCUGAAGGAUGGUGUUAGUCGUGUCAUCCUUACUGGUGUCGGAGAGGGCCCCGUCAGCGUUGAGGAUCACCUUGUGACUGAGACUGGCGAGAUGGUCAACAACUAG